CAUCAUUCAAAAUGUCAGCCUACGUCAAAAUCGAAAACAGAACAGCAAUUUCUUAAUUUCUUGUGCAUAUAUCUGAAGAUCUGGGAAGAUCGGUGGACAGGAAAGCGCUAAAAUGCCUUGUAAUAUAUGAUUGAUUGACUGAGGGAGAAAAAAAUACAAUGGCGACAGCGGUUUUGCAGUGCUCUAGAAGUCAACUGGACACGUUUUUGCGUGGCGAAGAGCUGUGCAACAAAUUUCAUGACCUCUUCCGCAUUCGCGAUGACAGCCCGAAUAAGAAAAAGGGUGACAAGAAAAAGAACAAAAAGAAGGGGAAGAGCAAAGCCAAAGAGAGGAACAAGAAGCGUGAGGGAAGCCCUGAUAUUCCUGAUGCCCAGUUCCUGUCUGUGGAGCUUCAGGGCAAUGCUUCAGGCUUCAACGUAUACGCCAGCGUCCGGCAGUCUGUCCUGGAGCAGUGUAUGCGAGACACAGCACGGCUGUACCGACUCGCCACAACCACACAAACAUCAGACUCGGAAACUGAUGAUGAUAAUGAUGACAAAAACAAAGAUUGUGCAAUCAAAAUACCAAAGAUCGUUGGCUUGGGCUUGAAUGGAGUGUUUGAGCUGGUGCGUGAGACGAGGCACAAGUACCCCGACCUGUGUGUGAAGGCCCUGAAGGCCCUGCUCGACCUGCUACAGGGCCAACAGCCAGAGGGCAUGAAGUGUGAACCACCAGAUGUUGUUGAGAACCUGUACAACUUGCUGAUGGAGAUAGCGACCAACGUGGGCUCGGACAUAGUGUUUGACGGCCAGUCACUGACAGCUCUAGCCUGUUCUGCCCUCAUCAGCCUCACUAUUGCUCUGGGGGACACAGGGAAGCUGUUGAAGGCUGUCAAGGCUCUGCUGAUGAGCCCCUCGUCACUGGCAUCUCAAGAUAUACUGGUGCCAGGAAUUCUGACUUCUCUACAGAAGAGCGUACAAGCCGUGUUACUGGGAAAGGCACAGCUGCCAGAUUGGUUCAACAAUGGGGUGAAAACAAAGUCCCACUCUCACAAGUUCAAUAUAGCGAACUUGAAAAAUAGUGAAAGUACAGUGGAGAACAGUGCAGUGGCUAGUGAUGGAAGAUACCUGUAUAUACUCAACAAGAAGGGGCUGUUUAAGAUAGGAACUGGAUAUGGCGGAACGAUCAAGGGCAAUGUCUACAAGCACAGAGAGAACUUCCCAGUCAACAGGACAGUGUGGCUUGCCUUCAGUGGGGGUAAACUGCUGUGUCGAUCGGACAACAACUCCUCCCCCGGUCUGUGUGUCAUCAACAGAGACAGUCUAGACGUGAAAGCACCAUGUGAUUUGGAUGGUCACACUAUUGGACAGAGUGUGUUAUUCAGUGAUGGGGAGAGCAUAGGUCAAAUUGCACCAGCAAAAGAUUGUUUACAGCAGGACAGCUUUGUGGUCCGCACGUUCAGUCCAGAUAAGAGUCCCAUGUCUGUCAUGAGUGAGAUCCCCCUGAAACUCACCCGCAAGUGCAUGGACGUGUUUGGCAGUAACUCCCUAGACCCGGAGAUGGAAAGAAGAUCUAUCCAUACAGGAUUUGACGAAGACAUUGCCUCGGUCAGCACAGGUAAGGAGUUCACCCUAAUCCGGACUGUGGGGGGGAAGCUGUUGUACAGUGGCAAGUCAGCAGCCCUCGGGAUCAAGCAAGGCGGCCCCUCCCAGGGGAAGUGGGCGGAGCUCCCUAUCACCAAGAGCCCCAAGAUAGUCCACCUGGCCGUAGGGCACGAUGGACAACAUGCUCUCAUGGUGUCGGAGGAUGGGGGCGUGUUCUUUGUCGGCACACCCAGGAGAGGGGAGGAUGGAGAUUCCAGUUUGUCCAAAAACCGAAGACAACCAAAACCAGUAAAACCAAAGAAGAUGAUCCGCCUGGAGUCGCGGUCGGUGGUGUACGCGGCCUGCAACAGCGGCAGCAGCGCGGUGGUCACCAAGGAGGGUGAGGUGUACAUGUACGGCAAGGACACCGCACACUGUGACCAUGCGAGUGGUCAUGUGACUGACCUGAAGGACGUGGUAGUGACCCAGAUUGGCCUGGGCAAGGCCCAUGCUGUGGCCCUCACAAACAAGGGUCAGAUCUUCACCUAUGGGAUCAACAACAAGGGCCAGUGUGGCCGGGACUUCAACCCAGGGGCAUCCAGAGAAACAAGCAGCAAUGUGAUGAUGGCAGAAGAGGAGGAGGAAGUGGAGAAUGAUGAUGCUCUGUGUGGACCAGGCAAACACCGGUGGAAGCAGGACCAGUGCAUGGUGUGCACCGUGUGCGGGGAGUGUACUGGCUACGGCGUCAGCUGCAUCAACAGCAACAGGGUGGACCGCAACCCUGGCAUGCCCUGUGGGUGUGGCGCUGGAGACUCGGGGUGUGCCGAGUGUGGGGCGUGUCGUGUGUGUGCGGGGGAGAAGCUAGAGCUUGAAGAGUUAGAUGAACGAGGAUUGCUUGAGGUGUUUGCUAAAGAUGGACCAGUCCGUGUUUCAGCGAGUAGGCAGGGUGUGCGGCAUGUGGAGCAGCUGGGCAAACGUCUGGAGCAGAAGAUGGAGUUACGAAAAGCCCAGCAGAAACUAGUCAAGGAGAAGAGACAACGGGAAGGUGGAAGUGACCCGGAAGCCGAGAACAUCAAGCUGGUGAGCCUGCCGCCCCUGGAGGUGCAGAUAGGUGCCGGGGAUGUGCAGGUGACGCAGAUCACCUGUGGACAGCAUCACACUGUGGUGCUGCUGCAGAACGGAGAUGUGUACACAUUCGGCAGCAACCACCAGGGUCAGCUUGGACUAGGAGACACUGGAGUCAGAGGCAGCCCCAGCAAGGUGCCCCUUCCUCUAUCUGCUGUUCAAGUGGCAGCUGGCAGCUAUCACACGGUCAUCUUGCUGACCAGUGGUCAAGUCUACACAUUCGGCAACUAUCAGAAAGGGGCUCUUGGUCGGAUGGGCCCGGAUGAGGGCGGAGUGAAGAGUAAGAAGGGACCAUGGUACUCGAUGCCUGGACCAGUCCCUGGUGUGGGUUCCCGAUUUGGUCGUCGUGCCACGUGGAUCGGAGCCAGUGGGGACCAGACUUUCAUGAGAGUGGACGAGUCACUGAUAAAUGCUCACACCCUCGCCCGCUCAAACCUGUUCGCUAGUCAGACAUGUAUAGGUUUGAUCCCGAAGGGCGAGGACAGUACAGCCAUAAUGAAAUGUCUGAUGAUUAGUAAAGUGGAUGGAAGUUGUAAGAGCUUCAGUGGCUCGGAGCAGGUGGACUUGAGUGACCAGGCUGUGUGUCUUGACCCCGUCUAUGAUCUGCUCUGGGGAUACUGUCCAAAGACCCAGGAAGUGAACUGUUACAAUGUGCUGGUGACAGAGUCACACGACCUUCAAAGUGUUGACCCGGGUUACUGCGACCUGUUCAGCCCGGAGUUGGCUGUCCCGACCAGGAUGGGGUGUCAUGCCACACGCUCGCAUGCAGCUCUACAUAUGCUAGGCUCUCUGGACACUCUGACCACUGCCCAUCUCCUGAACAUGACUGUGAUAGAGGAGGCUCGAGAGAAGCAGUCCACGUCAAAGAUAUACACCAGGGAGGACUACUCCAUCAUCAAUAGGUUUGAAAGCCAUGGUGGAGGGUGGGGCUACUCUGGCCACUCAGUCGAGGCCGUCCGCUUCAUGUGUGAUACAGACAUUCUGCUGGGAGGAUUUGGACUCUUCGGAGGGAGAGGAGAGUACUUCGGCAGGAUAAAGAUCUUUGAACUGGGGGUGGAUGGAGGUGAAAAUGAAACAGAUGGAGAGAUGGUUGCCGAGACAGAGGAGGUGCCAUUUGAAUGUGCGGCAAGGGAGAAGUUUGCCAUGCUGUUUGAUGAGCCCGUCCACCUCCAGGCCAACAACUGGUAUGUAGCCUGGGCCCGUAUCUCCGGCCCCAGCAGCGACUGUGGCUCCAGCGGGCAGCCCUCCGUCACCACAGAUGACCAAGUUGUUUUCAAGUUCAAGAGCUCCAAGAAGUCCAACAAUGGCACUGAUGUCAAUGCUGGCCAGAUUCCACAGUUGUUGUACAGACUGCCAUCCCGGGACAGUCCGAGUGUCAUCAGGAGGACGGAGCUCGUGGAGCCAGCGCAUGUCCUCAGCCAGGACUUUGCCCACUCCGUCACACCGUUGUGUUUCGAGUCGCUGCUGCGGCUGCUGGAAUGGGGCUGGACCACCUUCCACACAGCCAUCAGUGAGAUUGAUGGACUCAAGGGACCCAACUAUGAAGCUGCUGCGUCGGACCUGCAGCGUCUUGUCUACAUCUGCCGUGCAUGUCUCCGCCUCAUACGCAUCUACGUCAACGAGGUCUACCCUGAUGGAGUGACCAAAAAGAAAUACCCCCUGGAGACCUCUUCAAUGGCAGAACGUAUUGGUGACACACGAGACCUACUGAGACGCAUCCUAGCCGAGGAGGUUCACAUGGUCAAGUUUUCCGUCUACCUCCGUGAACCGCCGAGCGUGUCAGCAUUCCAAAACCUGAAGGAGGAGAUCCUGUACGAGUGUCACCAGACGUUCCGAACAUGCUUCCACGCGUUCUACCCAACUGGAACGCUAAAGUGGUGGUGUCUUUGUGACCUCCUGUGUCAAGCAGAGCCAAUACUAGAAAAAAAGCAAAAGCAUGAACAACAGUUAAAUUUGGCAAGCCGAAAAAGCUACAAACGAAACAUGUCGGGGCUGAGUAUGACAGGGACCUCCAAUGUUUGUGGGGUGGGGCGACUUUUGGCGGCAGUGAUGGAGGCCAUGUGCCACCCCGCCAUCAAGCUCACAAAUAUCAUGCCCAUCAACUGUGAGCCCGAGGCGGAAGAGAUACUACGCCGGCAAUCACUCUGCAUGGACGACAACACCAACAGCGCUGCCAGACUCGGGGAGAUGCACAAAUACCCGCUCCUGGCCAGUCAUAUGAGUUACAGAAUGGAGAUUGACAGCAUCACUGGCGGCAGUCACAUCUCCUUCAAGGAGGUGCUGGACCGUCUCCUGCUCAUAGUGGCGCUCCCUGUCAGGCAGGCAUUAAGCAAGGAGAAGUCUGUCUUCCCAUCUUCACUUGUUGCUAAUACAUGUGCACUGCUCGUAACCAUCAUCAGUGAACUUGCCGCGUCCUCCACUGGAUUGGAAGUUGGUAUUGACCUGAGUACCACAUCGCGCCCAAUGCUUGUGACGCCGAACCGAUUCACACGUACCAGUCAGAGUGCCUACUGGAAUGCUGGGAAUGGAAGUCCAGAUGCUGUGGCCUUCACAGUUGACCGGCCAGGCAUCGUGGUGGCCGGAGUGUGUGUGUACGGGGGCGGAGGACAUUACGAGUAUGAGGUGGAACUUCUGGAUGAGCAGGGUGAAGGUCAAGAAGACGUGUCACACACACAGCGGUGGAACAGUCUGGAGAUUGUCCGUGGAGCAUACUCCCCUGAGGACUGUGUGAACGACAUUGCAGAGAUCAAGUUUGAUAGGCCAGUUCCCAUCAAGGAAGGAGUGAAGUACGCAGUCAAACUCCGCAACCAUGGCCCCAGGACCCUGAAUGGUGAUGGUGGAAUGAGCAAGGUGAAAUGUUCAGAUGGAACGACCUUCACCUUCACUGCAUGUUCACUGAGCAGCAAUGGCACCAAUCACAUGAGAGGACAGAUCCCGCAGAUCCUCUAUUACAGUGCGCCCCAGGAUGGAGAACACUAUCACCAGACCACCAAGAACCUGGCGGAGCUGCAGGCCAGGAAGAAUGCCAUUGACAUCACUGGCGCCAUCUGUAGGAUGACUACAGACCUCCUUCACCGAUCACACUCAAUGCAUGCGGAGGAGGUGUGUGAUGUUAUUGGGAAGUCCCAUCUCUUCUCAUCCCUGCUUCCCCUGUCUCUGGCCUAUGUUGGACCUGUCGCUGCACAGGACCCCCGGGGGGCAGUGCAGGUGCUGUACCUGAUCCAGGAGAUUCUGCCAGCAGUCGUGACGCUCACCAAGAACCUGGUCCCGCUACCACUCAGCAACUCGGCCGUGUUUGACUCCAGCGUGGUGGACAACAGCCAGAGCACCACCUCCCAGCACUACGCUGUCGUGGAGAGCGAGCACCCGUACAAGCCGGCCACUGUCGCCAACUACAAGGUGGAGUUCCCGCCCUGUGUCAGGUGGAUUGUGUUGGAGUUUGACCCCCAAAGUGCCACAGCUCAAGUUGAGGACUCGCUGCAGUUGUAUGUGCAGGGCAGAGGUCAGGGGGAGACAACUCUAGCCAAGGUGACAGGGGUCACGACCUGUGAUGACCAGGACAUCAAACUAACUCACUGGCCAGUUCUAAAGAGGUUCUAUGGUCACAACAACUGGCCCAAACAGGCAGUCAUACUCCCAGGCAAUGAGGUGGUGUUUUCCCUGGAGACAGCCUCUGACUAUGUGAAGGAUGAGAAGGCAUCAUUCUAUGGCUUUAAGUGUACAGUCAUUGGGUAUGAGCUGGCUUCUAAGCCAGAGGAGAGUGUGCAGCAACUGGAGAGGGAGCUGAGUUACCUGGGAGGGAUGUGUGCCACAGCUCUCAUGAGGAGGGACGUCGCCCUGCCUCCAGUGACGAUGGAGGAAUUGGAUGAGGAGAUGGAUAUGAUCGAAGAAGGAGCUCAGCUGGUGUUCAACUCCCACAGUUCCCUGCUAGGGAAGGGCUUUGCUCUGUCUCACCCGCCCACCAUCAUGCAGGCCCUGGAAGGCAACCUGCCGUUCUGCUGGCAGUCCAACGAGAGAGCCUUCCUCAAGGACUUUGUGUCCUGCACUCCUGGCACCAGUGGAGGCAGACUUGCCAGAUGGCUGCAGCCUGACUCGUACCUGGACCCGAAGCAGUGUGAGAUCGUGUGUAACAAGGAGGAGCUCAAGUGCAGCUGGCCCGUCGUCGUCACGGUCCUCACUAAGGAUCAGUAUGGACAGCUUGUCAAUGUGCAAGACCUUAGGAUUGAGGUGAAGGCUGUGCCAGUCGACCAGAAGGACACUACAGGAGAUGACAUGAAGAAGAUGAGGCGUUUGAGUCGCCCCGAUGAAGGGGAUCUCACAUUUGGAGGUCUACCCCCACCGUCACUGGACACACCUUAUGAGUCCACCUUCAAAGACAGGAAGGAUAUAUUCCACUCUAUAACCAUCAUGAAGGCCUAUGAGAACUACUCGUUUGAGGAGCUGAGGUUUGCUGCCCCGGCCGUACCCAGGCCGAGCGAGAACAUGCUGGUCCGGGCCAACAAUGACGGCACGUUCAGCGCCAACUGGACCCCGGGCUGUGUGGGCUUCUACAACAUACACGCCACCAUUGAUGGCUUUGAAGCAGGUGACGUGUACAAGGUGGAGGUGAAGGAACCCCCCCAGGGAGUCCCCCCGCCCUCACAACAUGCCAAGAAGGCCCACCAGCCCAGCAGGAUGCGGAAGUUUGUGGGGAAGUGCAGUGCGGGCCUGAGGGUGCGCGUCCACCCCACACUCCAGAGUGAGCAGAUAGGUGUGGUCAAGCCUGGCGGGGUCAUCUCCUUCAUUGAUGAGAUCCACAAUGACGACGGGGUGUGGGUGAGGCUGAGCCCGGACUCCAUCAAGGAGUGGUGCAUCAGUGGCUACACGGAGGCAUGGUGUCUGCAGUACAACCAGCAUCUGGGCAAAGCGCUCCUCGUCCCCGUGGAGGAACCCAAGUCCAUCCUGGACGAGAUGGUCAAGGAAGCCAUUCAGAGGAAGCUCCCGGAGUAUGUGCGGGACAUCUUGCCCAGGCCACGCAGAGGUCAGGAGAACACUAGUUAUUGGCCAGGCGUGUACCAAGUGGUCAAGUGCGGUUCCUUCGGUCACAACAUCCGCAGUCGCCCCAACCUGAAGGCAACGCCCAUCGGCAUGUUGACGCUAGGGAAGAGGCUGACAGCCAUUGAGGAUGCAACUAAUGUCGACGGCACCUGGGUCAAGCUGGACGUGGAGAGCGUUGACCAGUACUGUCACAGUAGUGAGACAGAGGCCUGGUCACUGGCCGCAGGGAAGGACAGCAUUGUGUUUCUCCGCCACGAGUCCGAGGUGGGGCCGGUCGGGAAGGACCCCUUCUCCUUCAACACCCUGCCCGUCACAUCCUCACGGGGCUUCGACUUCUCCGGCGCACACUGUCACUCAACCAGUCUCCCCAGCUUCAGCCUCAAGAGUGACUUCACCCUUGAGAGCUUUCUUCAUCAUUUUCAAGCAGGCUUCGCUCCUAGGAGCACCACAACCUCCUUUGCAUUUGGGCAUCAAGAAGCUGCGGCAAGUGUACCAAUGUUCGGUCAAUCCUCCGCCGGCGCCACCGCCAGCCCCUUUGAACCUGUGACACUUGUGGUAGACACUGCAGGAGACGACGCUCAGUCUUCAAGCGGGGGACCCUUCACAUCCACACCGAUGACCACGAGGAGAAUGCCGCAGCCGGUCAAGGCGUAUUCCGUGCCGGACCGACGAGCUCCGCAGACAGCCUACCUGGAACGCCAAGCUGCCGAUCUAGGCAUGAUUGGAAAGGGGAGAGAUGGGAGGGACCUGCCUCCGGAGCUGAUGGGUGUGUCAGUCAGGGAACUAGUCAAGGCGCUAGGUGAAAGUCGAGCCAAUGGUAACGGCCCCACCCCCAAUCCCUCUCCUCCAGGCUCCCCCAAGAAAACAUCACGCAGCUCCAGCCCAAAGCCAGCCAGUGACUCGGGUUCUCCCCGAUCAGCCUCCCCAGCGCUACGUGACCGAGACAGCCCGCGCCCAGGGGACUCUCCUCGGGGCACGCUGCAGAAGGAGGAAGCCUUCAAGACCCCGCCUGGCAGCCCCAUACCUAUAAGGAGCACUCGGGGAAAGCUGCAGAAGGACCAUUCCUUUGACAAGAAUGUGUCUCCUCCUGUGACGCCUCCCCCUGUGAGAAAGGAGCUGCCGCAAGUACCCCCAGCACCAGAGGGGCGGGGCAAGGUGGCUCCAGUGAAGGAUGUGCCUGGAUUACCAACAGUUCCACCCCCAGGAGCAUCAGGAUGUGGCAGCCCCAGAUACGCCUCGCCGGUCAGAGGUGGCAGCCCACAUCGGAGAGUAGCCACAGGAAGUCCUCAACUUGGUGCAAGUGCUGCUGGUAUAGUUCGGCCAGGUAGUCCUGGACAGACUGCCCCACAGAUGACUGGAGCGUUUAAUAUAGGAUCAUCAUCACCAAAAGAUGAGGCUAUAAGGUUGUCACCCAAGGCAAAUAGGAAAGAUAGAGGUCGGCAACUGAGGACCAAGCGAGAAAGAGCCUCAUCCCCAUCUCCUCGUGACAUCAAUCCUUUGAUGAGGUCACGGUCAUCUUCAGCCUCCACGAUUCUUGACCGACCACGUGACCCGGUCAAGGAAGCCUUGUCUCCGUCAGUGGCUGAGUGUCUCCGGGCUGUGUUCGCUGCGUUCAUGUGGCAUGAGGGCAUUGUCCAUGAUGCCAUGGCGUGUGCUUCAUUCCUCAAGUUCCACCCUGAUCUGCCAAAAGAAAUGUCCAAGUUUGUGAAAGAGAAGAAACAGGAGAAGAUCCGAGUUCGUCAUGCAACAGACUCCAGCAAAGAUCUUUCAAAGGAGAAGAAAAAGGAUAAUAUUAAUGAGAGCAGAGUUAGGUUUAAUCUUGAGCCUCUGAUCAAAGACAUCAGUGAAACGGAGCUGCUGAAGGGGGAGAGGGCACCAACCCCUCUUCGACCCCCAAUCGCAAGAGUCAAAUCUGAAGGAGACAAGUGGAAGUUGGAGGCCAAGGAACGAGACGAAGUUCGGGACAAGGAGGACAAGGAGCUUCCUCCCACCAUCCAGCAUCUGGUGUACUUCUGGGAGGAACUGUCCACAUCCGUCCUCAAGGUAAUAGGUCAAGACCUCAUACUCCCUAGUCCUGCUCAAGCUGUGAAGAUGAAGAAGGCGGAGAAAAAAGAUAAGGAGAAGGAUAAGGAAAAGAAGAGCAAGAAGAGGAAAGAGGCAAAGGCUGUUGCCAAGGGGAAUCUAUUUGGUGACGCAGUUGCUGGGAUGUUUGGAGGUGGAGGUGGGGAGAGGGAGACGUUGUGUGAACUGUGUGGAGGGUCCUUCCCCCACCCGGUUACGUAUCACAUGAGGCAGAACCACCCUGGUUGUGGCCGGCAUGCCUGUGGGAAGGGGUACAAUAGCGGGGGGAACUUCUGUGGCGGCUGGGCGGGGAACUGUGGAGAGGGGGGCAUUGGCGGCAGUAGCUGGUACCUCAUGUGUGAUAAGUGCAGGGACAAGUACCUCCGUGACAAAAAACAAUCUCAAAAGGAAAAAGAUAAAUCAAAGAAGGUAAAGAGGAAAUCAAUGCUCUCAAAACAAGCUACCCUGGUGUCACCUCAGGAGGGUCAUAUAGUGUUGAAGAACAAUGCUAUGUUUCUCUUAGACCUGGCAAGUGCCUCUGGCUUUACUCUGCCCAAACAUCACAAGAAGCCCCACUCCCGUGCCGAUAUGAUUCUCCCCAGUGUCAGUGAGGACCUUGGGUCGGAACUAGAACCCUUCCCUCCUGUUCCCUUCCAGUAUCUGGUUCAACAAAAUGCCCAGAACGCUGAUUCAGCAUUUGCAGAGGAUAUUUUGAUUGAUGACGAAGAGAGGGUGUUUGUGAGGUCAGGGUCACUGAGCAUGGCGAACAGGAGAACGAUUUCAUACAGACCCAGGUUGCCGACAGAACCGCGACAUAGUCCGUUGGCAAGGUCAGGGUCACUUGGGCAGGAUGUCCGACCAUUCUCACAGUAUUCACCGCCAGGACCAGUGGACCCCAGCAUGAAUGUGUCUGGUGAAGCCAAGGCAGUGGUGAAGAGUGCUGGAACGAGUCCGGAUAACGAGCAGGAGCACUUCAAGAAGAUCUUCCACCGCAGUAUAUCGGAGAUCUCCUCCGAUGAUGAGAACAGUCAACAGGGGGCGCAGAACCGGGCCAUGGCCAGGAGGAGAAACAACAGUGGAGGAGUCGGAGAUGGAGGGAUGUCGUUACUGAAGCAUCCAUCAGCAGCCAUGACAAAGCUGAUCAACUCUGUGGACCGGAGUGGAGCACCCUCGGGUAACGGAGAGCGUGCGCUGCAGCGGCCAGUGAUGGAGUUCAUCAUCCAGAGACAUGACCUGGACAGUCUGCAGCUGGCCAUGAGACAAGCACUGCGCAAGGCUUCCUGUCGUGUGUUUGCCAUGCAGGCUUUCAACUGGCUGCUGCGCAGCGUGGUGCAGCAGGUGUGUCUGCACGAUCUGUUCUGGUUCUUCACGGUGUCGCUCAUGCCGCCCGUGGAUGAGGAGGAAGAGGAGGAGGAGCCGGCCAAGGAGAAGAAGGAUGUGAAAAAGGACCAGGAGGACGUGCCUCUGUGUGAACACCCGCUGUCAGACAUCACGAUCGCGGGGAAAGCUGUGGCCCCCCUCCCUGAGACGUUCCACACCCUGCUACAGACCAUCUCGGAUGUCAUGAUGCAGCUACCUCUUGGGUCCUCACUGCAGAGGAUGGGAGUAUGUUGCUACUGUCUGGAGUUCACACAGUCGGACCACCAGUUCCUCCAUGAGAGUCACGUCUUCAGCAACAUCAGCCGCAUCCUCAGCAAGUCGGAUGAGGAGUCAGAGGAGAUCAGUAUAGAUGCCUCACAGCUGGGUUUCAAGGUGUCCUGUUUGCGGGACCUAACAGCAUCAGCAGAAAUCAAAGCCUCUAGUCGACAAGCAAUGAUUGCCAGUCUAACAGAUAAUUCCACAGAAACAUUUUGGGAGAGUGGGGAUGAAGAUCGGAACAAGCUGAAGCUGAUUAACAUCACCUGUUCCAACAAGUCCGACCCAAGGAUGGUAUAUGCUCACAUCGACAACACAAGGGAUAUUGGGAACAAGGUGUCCGUGGUGAACUUCAGUGCAGGAACCUGCCCAGAAGACAUGAAGAAAGUCAGACAGGUGGAACUGGAGCCACGCCAUGUGGGCUGGGUGAGCUGUGCCCUGCAGGAGACCCAGUGUCGCCACCUGCAGGUGGAGCUGAAGGGCUCGGACCAGAGCCUCCGUGUGCGCCAGGUCAAGGUGCUGGGCAGCCAGGAGGAUGAGGAUGUGUAUCUCCCGGUCAAGAAGACGGCGCUGGACCUGCAGGAAUACAACUGUGAGGCGGAGACACUCCGGGUCUUCAGGAUACUCACCUCACAGGUGUUUGGUCGGCUGAUCUUCACGGAGAAGGAGAACGACGAUGACAUGGAGGGGAAGAAGGAUGUGUCGGAUGCUCUGGAUGUGGACAAUGACCUGAAGGAACACAUGGUGGGAAUACUCUUCAGUCGCAGCAAGCUGUCUCACCUACAGAAACAGGUGUGUUCCCACAUCGUUCAGGGAAUCAGGAAGGAGGCUGCUCGUAUCCGGGAGGAGUGGGAGGGGUCUCUCACACACGUCACUCGGGAGGUCCUGGAUAUCGACAGGUCGUCUGAUGUGUACUGCUUUGAGCUGUUGUCGAUGGUGCUAGCGCUGAGCGGGUCGAAUGUGGGGCGGAUCUAUCUGGCCCAGCAGUAUGGCCUGAUACAGGACCUGUUUGGCCUCCUUCACACAGCCACACCCAGGAUACAGAGACAGGUUACCUCGGUGAUGCGCCGAGUAUUGCCGGAGGUGAAACCCCAGAUCCUGGCUAAGAUCUUGUCCAUCCCUGCCCUCCCUCCAGUCGACUACAGCAUCGUGUCGGUGGCCACCCGUGAGGAGGGAGACGCCAACUUCAACCCAGACACCCCAGGUAUCCUGGAUGUGUUCCUCGCUUGUAUCAGCAAGGCGCUGGACGUCCAGACCAAGGUGAAGAGUAGCGGACCACACAAAGGCGUCACCACUCGCACACUGUCGGAAAGUCUUCACGAUCAACCAUCUAUAGAGCCGCAUGGUCCUCGGUGGUGGAUGAGAGGACUGAUCUCUUCAGCUCUGGCUGGCACUAUCAUUUCCCUCAUACAGGACAUGGCAGCGGGGAAGUUAUCUGAGACAUGGGCUGCAGUGACAAAGGCAGCCAUUGCUGAGGCCAUUUUGAAUUUGACCAAAUUGGAUGAACCCCACCGAGCACCAGAAACCUGUGUGAAAACACCAACACUGUGGUUGGCGGUGUCCUCGCUGUGUGUGUUGGACCCGGACCACGUGGAUCGGCUGUCGUCCGGAGAGUGGGUGGCCAGUCCAGACGGUCAGCAUGGACAGCCCAGGCCGACCUGUGAUAACCAUGACGAUGGGGUGACUCCAGCCAUCAUCCUGUGUAGUGAGUGCGGGAAUUUGUGUGCUGACUGUGACCGCUACCUCCAUCUCCAUCACAGGACUCGAACACAUCAGAGACAGGUGUUCAAAGAGGAGGAAGAAGCUAUCAAGGUGGACCUCCAUGAAGGAUGUGGUCGGACUAAACUCUUCUGGGUGAUGGCGCUAGCGGACUCAAAAACACUCAAGGCCAUGGUGGAGUUUAGAGAAGGCAAGGUGUCCAACACUGCGACAGUAGGCCCCGGGACCUGCCGGUUCUGUGGCACUACCAGCAACACAGGGAUGCUGGCUAUAGGCAACGUGUGCUCCGACCCCGACUGCCAGGAACACGCCCGCAAUGCCUGCACCCAAGUGCUGUCCUGCGGCCACCCCUGCUGUGGCAUCAAGAACGAGGAACCGUGUCUGCCGUGUCUCCGUGGGUGUCAGUCUGCCAACCAACCCCCACUCAAGCAGGACUCCGAUGACAUGUGCAUGAUCUGCUUCACUGAGGCUCUGUCAGCCUCUCCAGCUAUCCUGCUCAAGUGUGGGCAUGUCUUCCACAUGCACUGUGGCAAGAAGAUCCUGGAGAAACGCUGGAUUGGACCUCGCAUCACGUUCGGCUUCUCCCUCUGCCCUAUCUGCAAAAACAACAUCGAGCACCCAGUGCUGAAGGGCCUGCUGGACCCCAUCAGGGAGCUGUUUGAGGAUGUGCGACGGAAAGCCCUCAUGAGGCUGGAGUACGAGGGCCUGCACAAGGCCGAGGUCAUCACCACUCGCGGUGCUCGCUUCUUUGGGGACCCUGCUGGAUUUGCCAUGGACAGAUAUGCUUACUAUGUCUGCUUCAAGUGCAAGAAGGCCUAUUAUGGGGGUGAGGCGAGAUGUGACGAGCAGGCUGGUGGUGGUGGGGACGACUAUGACCCCCGGGAGCUGGUGUGUGGAGGCUGCUCAGAUGUGUCCCGAGCUCAGAUGUGUCCAAAGCAUGGAACAGAUUUUCUGGAGUACAAAUGUCGCUAUUGCUGUUCUGUGGCCGUCUUCUUCUGUUUCGGGACAACCCACUUCUGUAACGCGUGUCAUGACGACUUCCAGAGGGUGACAAACAUCCCAAAGACAGAUCUGCCCAACUGUCCUGCAGGUCCCCGUGGCAAGCAGAUAGAGGGAGACGAGUGCCCUCUUCACGUACAACAUCCUCCGACUGGCGAGGAAUUUGCUCUUGGAUGUGGUGUGUGUCGAAAUGCACAUACAUUCUAGGUAAAGUGACAUUGUAUUGCACAUACUUAGACGAGUCGUAUGUCAUAAUACACAUACACUCUAGCUGAGACGUGACGUGCAAUGCACCAGAUGUGUGUUUAAAUUCACUUGCACUCUAGACGUGGCAAAAAAUCACACAUUCUUAACUUUAAAAUUUGUUUUUAUUGCUGUACAUAUCAAAGCUGUCACUGUUUGUCAUCAUCCAAAAACCAUGCUCACAGAGGAGGCGUGUAGUCCCAGAUCGGUAUGCCACAAUGUUGAAAUGACUUUGUGCUGGAGUGUACCAACUGCUUGCUGCAGCCAAAGGGCAAGGUGUCCAUGCCCACAAGGAUAAUUACCAAAAGUGCAAUCCAUAUUUGAGACUGAGAAACCUUUAUCAUCAUUGUUGGUCGGUCAUUGCAGAUUUUUAUCAUUUGAAGGCUAUCAGGAUGAUUAAUACCUGUUAGUUCCACGAUCAUGUUAUAUCCCAGAUAAUAUUCAAAGAUGUGCCAGUGUAUGUGGACAUCAGUGAUGUAAUGCCAUCAUAGACAGUCAACAGUAACUAUGAUUGGUUCUGAUUGAAAGAUGAAUGAAAUAUCAAAUUUAUCUCAUGUAUACUUGAAGACAGUUAUAGAAACUGUUUCGAAGUGCUGGGGGCAGGUGGCAGAGUCCAUGAAGACUUCCCUGUGCCCAGAAACCUUUGAUUGUGGGUUUGAAUCCCAGUUCACUCUGAUUAUGUUUCUAGGUUUGUCAGCACCAUACCCAUGCUCAUGGGUUUCACCAAAGUGGUAAACGUCAGACCUGCAUCACUUCGGGCUUUCCUCCCACAUGAAGCUGACACGCCGUGAUAGAACUGGAAUACUGUUAAAAACGGCGUUAAACCCAACUCAUUCUGAUUGAAAGAUUAAAAUUAAAAAUCAAAUGUAGCUCAUGUACACUUGUAGACAGUUCUAGAAACUGUUUGAACAGUGCUAAUUACCCCUGCAGCAUCCAGAGGUGAUGCUGCCUCAGAAACAAUGCUGAGUCAGCAGUUGACUUUAUGUCAGUAGUUGCAUCGCUGAGUGCUCAAAGUUGCUAUACCAUGCUUUGCUACUUUUUCAAAAUAUAUCGUCCUUUGGUCGCUGUCGCUGUCUGUACGUGUUCCUCUUAGAAACCAAAACUGCAAAUUUUGCAUAAUGAGGAAUUUAAAUUUGCUGUUAGAUAUUUUUACACUCUCAUAUGUUGUAUCCAAGCUUAAACGGUCCAUUUUAAUAUUCCAUUGUUUUAGCAUGCCUGGUUCAAGUCUAUGAACAAACACAAAUGGUUUGUUCAGACGAGAGUAGGUGUGUCAAUUGUACAUAGAUAUGAUGGUGUAGUUAAGUGUCUGUGUAGACAGUCGUUGACGUGUCUGUUGCUCCAGUGUCGUGAGUUGUGUGCGUCUGUGUAUGUACGUGACUGGUGUUCGGACAGUUUGCGAGGGUUUCAUGGACGUCGCCUACCAAUGCUACAAUAGGGAAAUGUCAUGUUUUUUUGUCUGUCAUGUAAGUAUCUGAAACCUCAAAUGCUGUGAUACAGGGAUGUCUCAUCCUACCAAUUAUCUUUUCAAUAAAGAAUAUAAUGUU